AUGGCCGCAAGAACCAUGCGCGCCGUGCAAUACGCCGGCUACGGCGGUGGCGCCGCCGCUCUCCAGAUCCAUGCUCUUCUGAGGAAGCUGAACUGAGCCUAUAUGUACAUGUCAUAGAAUCUCGGUGGCAAUACUGCACCUGAAACUUUUCCUCUGAUACUAGAGGUUUGUUCGCUUCCGUGCUCUUCGGAGGAAGCUGAACUGAGCCUUUCAAGAACAUGUCAUAGAAUCUCGGUCGCAACACUGCACCUGAAGCUUUUCCUCUGAUACUAGUCCGUUUGUUUGCUUCACCUCAUGGUCAAAGGUAGAGUAAUCAUGUCAGUAGAGUGUGAAGAAGAUUGAAGGUAGGGUUUGACUUUGUCUAAAGAAGAUUUGAUGGUUUGCACCACAAAUCCGGCAUGUCUCUGUUACCAUCCAUCGUUUGUAAGCUUCAUGAAAGCGACGUGAUUGAUUGAAGUGCUGCAUUUUUGGCUUCAGCAUGUUGAGAUCCAGGUUCCUUCACCCAAGAAGGAUGAGGUGCUGCUGAGAGUGGAAGCAGCAAGCAUGAACCCAGCUGACUGGAAAGUCCAGAAGGGAGCGUUCCGUCCUUUUCUGCCAUCCAAGUUUCCAUUUGUUCCAGUAUCGGAUGUUGCAGGAGAAGUUGUUGAGGUUGGACCUGGCGUGGAUGGCUUCAAGCCAGGAGACAAGGUGGUCACAUGGCUUGGAUUUAAAGCAGGUGGACUCGCGGAGUACGCUGUUGCACCAGUAAACCUUACGGUCCACAUUCCACCUGAAGUAUCAGCCGCAGACGCUGCGGGUCUGCCUAUAGCGGGCUUUACUGCUCUACAGGCGCUGAGGUACGCCACAACAAAGUUCGACGGCACCGGCGAUCCAGCAAACAUCCUCAUCACUGCCGCCUCUGGCGGUGUCGGGACGUUCGCCAUCCAGCUCGCCAAGCUCGGAAACCUCCAUGUCACCGCCACCUGCGGCGCCCGGAACAUGGAGCUGGUGAGGAGCCUGGGCGCAGAUGAGGUGCUUGACUACAAGACCCCGGAAGGCAAGAGCUUGAAGAGCCCUUCGGGCAGGAAGUACGACGUCGUCGUGAACUGCACCACCAGCGUUGGCUGGUCCAGCUUGGAGUCCAACCUCGCAGCUCACGGGAAGGUCGUCGAUCUCAAUCCUUCGCCGGGGGCUUUCCUUCGUUCUGCUCUGAAGCAAUUGACCUGCUCGAAUAAGAAGCUGGUGGUGCUGUUCGCGACGGCGACGAAGGAGGACUUGCAGUUCCUGGUUGAGCUGGUGAAGGGAGGGAAGCUUAGGACGGUGAUCGACUCGAGAUACGCACUGGGCAAGGCAGAGGAGGCCUGGGCAAAGAGCAUGGAGGGUCAUGCCACUGGUAAGAUCAUCGUCGAGUGUGACCAAGUCAUGGACAUAUAAAUAUCAAGCGUUUGAUCCCAAUUGUAUCAAGAUUUGUGUGAAUCCAAGUGAAAUCAUUGUCAAUA